AUGAUACACGCAGCAAAGUUCCGAGCUAUGGUGGAUGCGUGUGAUCUGAUCAGUUCUCCUUCUCAAGGGCCAAAAUUUACCUGGACUAAUAAUAGACGUAGAGGGCAUGUGGCGGCAGUGCUUGCCAGAAGUUUUUUCAAUGCUCAAUGGUUGGACAUCUUUAGUGAUUGCGGGCAGCAGGUGCUCCAUAGAUCGGUUUCGGAUCAUGCUCCAAUAUUAUUCUCUUCUGCCGCUGUCGCCAAGCCUAGAAACGCCCCUUUUCGUUUCCAUCGUUUUUGGAUGGAGGAGGAAUCGUUUGAGGGUUUGGUGAGGGAGGUGUGGUCUAGGGAGGUCAGGGGCGGUCCCAUUGGCAGGCUCGCCCAGAAGCUAAAAGCGGUGAAGGGCACUCUAAAGGGGUGGGCGAGGCGGGUGUUUCUGAACAUUGAUGUGGAGCUCAAGGAAGCUACUGAAGGAGUGGAGGAAGUUCAGAGGAUUAUUGACCAGGUAGGGAUGUCAGAUGAACUAUAUUCCAGGGAAGCAGAGGCAAAGACAAGGCUGUUGAAAGCGGUGGAGUUGCACGAAAAGCUUUGGGAUGAAAAGGCUCGUUGUAAGUGGGCGAAUCUUGGAGACCGAAACUCAAAGUUCUUCCACUUAUCGGUUAAGAUGGCAGAGUAUGUGUCUCACUUCUUUGGAGAAUUCCAUAAGGCUGAUCAUUGUGUAGAUCAUAUGGAGCUGUUGCAGGUCAUCCCGAAAGAGGUGAAUAGGGAGGACUUCUUGAUCUUAGAAGUGAUCCCUGAGAGGGAUGAGAUUAAGAAGGUGGUUUGGGGGCUGGACCCAGAUAGUUAUCCUAGCCCUGAUAGGUUUCCUGGAGCUUUUCUCAAGCAGUGUUGGGAGAUAGUGGGCGAGGAUUUUUGCAAGGUAGUGAUGGCUUUCUUCCGAGGUGGGAAGCUUUUGAAUGGGGUGAACAAUAGCUUUGUGACUCUAAUUCCAAAGGUGGAGGGGGCUGUUUCCUUGGAUAAGUUUCGUCCCAUCUAUAUGGAAAACUUUUUCUGCAAGGUUUUGUCAAAGAUUAUGGCUGAGAGGUUAUCUUGUCUUCUCCCUCGCUUGGUGUCAAACGAGCAAGGGGCAUUCCAGAAAGGUAAGAUUAUCUCAGCAAACAUUGGUCUAGCUUCUGAGCUUGCAAACUUGUUACAUACUUCUGUUAGGGGCGGUGGAAUGGGUAUUAAGGAUUUCAGUGUUGUUGAAUGGUGGUCCGAUGGGGUUUUUUGGUGUGGAGCGGGGAUUGAGACAAGGGGACCCGAUUUCCCCAAUGCUAUUUAUUCUCAUAGAGGAAGUGUUGUGAGGGGCCUGAAUGGUCUAUUGAAGGAAGGGAAGAUGAAGGCUCCACCUGGUCCAAGAGGUGCGAGUGUCCCUAGUCAUCUGCUUUUCACGGAUGACAUUUUUAUCUUCAAGAAUUCUGUAGCUAAAUAUGUCCGAUGUUUGAGAGAUUUCCUACUCAAAUACCAAGAAUUUUCGGGCAAAAAAUUCAACUUGGAAAAGAUUAAGAUUUUCUUCGGUAAAGUUACCCCUCAUAGGAUAAGGUAUAUUGCUGAUUUGCUGAGUAUUCCAACUUUCCCUCUGCCAACAAGAUACCUUGGGGUUGGGAUCUUCAAAGGCGCUGUUAAGAAGGAUAGGCUGCUUCCUAUGAUGGACAAGAUCAAAUCUCGUUUGCAGGGGAUGGAAGGGCAAACUGCUAUCUAUGGCAGGUCAUGUAGAGAUGAUUCAUUCUAUGAUCUCAGGUAUGCCAAUUCAUAA